UUGCAGAAAAAAGAAAGCAACAUGAGGAAACAACCAUUUCUUCUUCGAAAAUCUUUUACUUUUAGAGCUCCUUAGUGUAAAUCUAUACUAUCGGAUUACCGCAGCUCUUUGCUGUAAGCAUAUAUAUACAACUGUUGCUCCCUUCACGAUAUUUGUUUCACGUGAUUCUCCCCACAAAGCUUCAAAAUGGCUGACAUGGGAGGUGAUCAAAACAAUCCCUUUUCUUUUAAGAAUUUUGUUAGCGACAAAGACAAGAAAACAAAGACGACUGAUGGUUUUAGUGGAGACGAAGAUGAUAUUUUCGGAUUAAAUCAGGCCAAGCCUAAGAGGAAUGAAAAAGCGAAAGUAGAUCCAGAUGGCUCGAAAGGCGCUAAAAAGAAAGAUAAACAGAAGGAAAACCCAUUUUCCUUCAAGAAAUUCCUGUCUGCUUCCUCAAAUGAAAAGCCGCCAAAGGGAGAUGACCGAUCUCAGACUGCUCCACCAGACAUAGCUAGUGAUGUCCCUUUGUUUGUAAAUAAUCACUUCACAGAGGCAAGCAACAAUGGAGCAGAUGCUCUUGAAGAUGAUUUUGACUUCAGCUUUGAAUCUGUCAGCCGUGUGCCUCCUCCUGAUCCACUAGAAGUUCAUGGAGGGUUCCAGUCAACGAACCACACGGAUGCUCUUUCGUUAAGUGACAGUAGCUCAUUCAAUGGUGCUGGUCUCCAUUCUGAUGAUAUUUCUUCUUCGUCUGGACUCCAACUUGGUCUGCCUGAUUUUCUGUCAGAUAUGGCAGCACUCAAUGCUGGUUCCAAGAGUUCAAGUAGCUUACAGAAGGAGCGAGGCCGGUCAACUGAUCAAAAUGAGGAUCUUCUCAGUCAGAUAAGAAUUAUGCAAGAGGAGAAUGACAGACUUCGUAGUGAACUCACCAGAGAGAAGCAGAGAUGCAGUGAAAAAAAUCAAAAGUUGUCUCAGUUAAAGAUAGAUUUAGAACGACAGAAAAAGAAAGAGGCUGAAGAAACAGCUGUGAUGGAGAGAGCAGUACAACAAGUUGAGGAAAAUCUAGUCACCACAACGACAAGAGCUGUGCAAGCAGAGGCCAGUGCAGCUAAACUCAAGCAGGAAGUUAAGAGUUUGCAGAAUCAAGUGCAGUCCCUCACUGUGGAGGUAGAAGCCCUCAAGUCAGGAGAUGCAGGCCUCGCUGAUCUGCGAGAACGGACAAAGUACUCAGCAGAACAACUGAGCUUUGCAGCAGUCACUGCCGAGAAAAACCUCAAAGAACUUAUGUCAGGAGUUGAAAAGCUGAAACUGGUAUCCCUAGUCCUGUCCUCCCUGGAAAAAGUCUCGGAGGUCCCUCCAGAACAAAGCAGAGAACAAGAGGGGAAACCAUCUUGACCACAUAAACUGUUGUGAUUCGUCACUGUUUAAAUUACUACAGAGACAUUUUAUACUCAAAUUGUCUGAGUUUGCCUGUGGUUUCUUUGCCUUUUAUAAUCAAACUCAUAGACAAUUGUCACUGAAUUCUUUCUUUUAUCAAUAAAGUUUUGAAUUCUUUAAACUAAGCCUAUCUGCUUACUGUUGUCCACCAACUUGGUAAGACAAUUCAGAAAGCAGAUGUAGUGUUUUAAUUUAUUGUGAGUAAUUAUUUGUGAUCUGUGUUGGCUUCUUUACAGUCAGGUGAUACUCGUAUUUAAGUACGGUAUCAGAUAGUAGGGAUGCCUACAAAAUUGAUGAGGGUUAUUACAUUAUAAAGAAGUGCAGGGGAUUGUUUGGAAUGCACUCAAGCAGAGCUCAGCGCCAUAGAUUGCCUUGCUUUUCUUGUUGCCAUUUUACUUCUUAUGCUCAGUAUGACCAUCUGUUUAUUGUUUUUCUUUCUUUGAUUACCAUGUGGGUUUGAAAUGUUUGACCUAGAUUUCCUUUUUAAAAGAUUUUUGUCAAGUGUCAUCUGUAUAGUUCGCUCCCUGGUUCAGACAUGCCAGACUAAUCUUGAUGGUGCUGCAAUACAAGACUCAAAGGAGGCCUUGCAGAGGUCAGCAUAGUUUCACCAAAGCUUUUACUGGUAUGGAGUUAAGCCAUGGUGUUAGGUUUGAGGAGGGCGUGAUCCAAGAUGGCAAUCAUUGAAAUAGGCAAAAACUGCAGAGUCAAAACUUUGCUCUGUACUGUGUUCUCUAUUCGUAGUAGUGUACUCACUGACAGAUCACUCAUGGAAAACAAAGUUUCUAGUACGCAAACCAAAUGCCCAAGGGUGUACUGUUGUCUGUUUAGGUGAAAUGUCACUAUCAGGAAGGCGACUUAAUCUUAUCUGUGGUUUUCAUUGUUUGGGCGACUUGUUGGUCUCUCCAUGUGGUUGCAAUCUUGACAUGCUUUGAUGGGCUAUAUCAUUGAGAUAUAUAAGUUAAAGAAGAACUUGUUUGAGUUCGUUUUUUUAUGUGUUGCCCAUGACAAAUUUGAUUUCAGACCUAAGGUCUUCGCAUAACUCCACCAUUUCUAAUCUCAUUCAUGUGUUCAUUCUUACCUUUGCUUGAAAUGUUAUAUGACUGAACAGGAUAAGUUUUUUCUUUGUAAGGGAUUGAUCAGAGUCAAAAUUUCUGUCUCUUCUCUGUGAGUUUGAUGUUUCUUUAAAUGUCCCUCUGUUAGAGACUCUCAUGUUUGUACACUCCCUGGUCCCAGGGUAGGUAGGAUCAAGCUCCUAGUCUUCUCAGAUAAAGAUGAAACAUUUCAUGUAGAGUUGUGCUAGUUAAAAGUCCCUUGGUGGUUCUAAAAUGGAAAAGAGUAGGCCCUUCCAGUUGCCAUCUGGGCAAAAUUCAAAAUUAAUUCCUACCAAAAUUGAAGCCACGUUAGUCAGUAUAGAUAUUAAGAGUACCUUUGAAAACAGCACAUGGAUGCCCAUCAGGCAAGGGAUGAUUCUACAUGCUAUGUAGAUAAAAUGGCCUUGUACAAAAAUAUCAACUGCACUGUGAGAUAGAGAUCUUUCAGUCAGUUACCCCCUGAACUCUAUCAGGGGUACAC